AUGUCAAUGUUCAGCACAGGCAUCCUGGUGCUCACGUCGCCUCUGCAUAGCCUUCGCAUUGCCCCGGUGCUCAGCUCGGCGGCCCAAUUGGUGGAGCGCACUCUCUACGUCCACCUGCACCCGGGACUUAACCUAAGCGGCGGAGGCCAACCACGUCCCGUAUUCAUUCCUCCGGCUGUCGAUCUCUGUUCACUCAUCACGCGACUGUACAGCAACGCGGCUGAUGUGUGCGCUCACCUCGACGUCCGUGUUUUGCUCACCAAUAUCAAUCCCCCGUCUGGCAUUUCUGGCCCUUUCCCCACGCCGCAGUUCCUGUCCCACCCUCCUGAGGUGCUGCUCACGGACUUCCCCCUGCAAGACCCUACGCAGUCACACCAGGUGACGCAGUGUCUGCAGGGCUACGCCGGACGCUGCUACGCAUGCCGGCCCGGCCUUCCGUCAGUGUUGCUUCACUCGGAGAUGGCCGCUCAGCAGGAGGACUCGGUGGUCGAAGAGAAUCAGCCUGAAGAUGGGAAACCUUUGGAGAUGUACCCCGACGUGGUGGUAGGCGGCACCUUUGAUCGUCUCCACGGGGCCCAUAAGACCCUCCUCAACAUGUCGUGCUUGCUCGCCACCAGACGAUUCCUCAUCGGCGUGUGCGACCAAGGAAUGCUGAAAAAAAAAGUGCUGAAGGAGCUCAUCGAGCCAUAUGACCUACGUGUUGAAAAAAUCCAGGAGUUCCUUCGGGACGUCAAGCCCUCCUUGCAGGUGGAGAUCGUGCCUUUGGGCGACCCGCUCGGGGUGUCAGUGGUGGAUCCACUUCUGCGCUGUAUCGUGGUUAGCGAAGAGACCCGCAAAGGAGGCGAGGCUGUCAACCGGAAACGUAUUGAAAACGGUCUUCCUGCUUUGGUUCUUCACGAGAUUCAGCUACUCAAGGACGCGCACCACUCCGAGACAGAAGAGGAGAAAAUUAGUUCGUCCAGCCUUCGCUCCCGCUUGCUGGGAACACUUCUCAUCCCACCCAAAGACACGCCUCAUCUGCCACUCAGACCGUAUGUGAUCGGUCUGACGGGCGGGAGCGGCAGCGGGAAGAGCUCAGUGGCCAAGCGCCUAGAGAAGUUGGGAGCAGUUUGCAUCGACUGCGACAAGCUGGGCCACCAAGUAUACGAGACAGGCACUGCCGCCUACCAACGUGUCGUCGAUGAGUUCGGAUCAGAUAUCCUGAAUGAAGACAAAAGUAUCAACAGACGAAUCUUAGGGAAGAAGGUGUUUGGAAAACAGGAAAGAUUAAAAGCGCUAACAGACAUUGUGUGGCCAGAAAUUGCACUUCUCGUCAAGGAUGUAAUCAGCCAAGCCAGGGAACAAGGUAAAGAUGUAUGCGUAUUAGAUGCAGCGGUUCUUCUGGAGGCGGGUUGGACGGACAUGGUCCAUGAAGUUUGGGUGACCAUCAUCCCCGAGGAGGAGGCGGUGUCCCGUAUAACAAAGCGAGACAACGUAUCACCGGAAGACGCCCUGCACCGCCUGCGGAGCCAGGGCUCAGACGCUCAGCGGCUGGAGCAUGCCAACGUGGUGCUUAGCACACUGUGGGAGCCUGAAGUCACACAGAAACAGGUACUAAAAGCAUGGAAUCUUCUACAGAAGAGGAUGCAGCAGAGGCGCGGCGAACUCUAG